AUGGAGUCUCAGUCAAGGGUAGAUUCACCCGACCACGAGGGUUUAUACUCAGUGUUCUCAAACCGGAGCAUGGGAGCACACAUGACAGUGUUCAUUUUCCUCUUGGGAAUUCUUGUUUUUGUCUCAUCUGAAAUCUCAGGUCUAACAUGCAGCAGGAGGUGUGGAAGUGUGUUGGAGGAAUGCUCCUGCCAGGCUGCCUGUUUGUCUUUGGCGAACUGCUGUUCAGACUACAACCAGACCUGCCUCCAGGUGUCGCCUUACUCCAGCUCCAUGCUGGGCGGAAGAGCUCUGAGGAUCCUGGGUUUGACUCUUCCUCCUGAUGGGCGCCUCCUCUGCAGGUUCAAAGGUGAACCUGAACAACAGGGGGGUUUUGAUGAAGAGGGACAUCCAUUCUGCGUAUCUCCUCUGUUGUAUGAGACGGGCUGGAUAUCGUUCGACGUCUCGGUAGAUGGUACACAUUUUGAUAGAUCAGGAGAAUAUCUGUCAGUCCAUCCCAGUAAAGCGGAUCCUUUAUUUGAAGUCACCCUUGUGAACGCAACGCUGUGGCAGAACUACGGCACUCCGAACAUGGCAGGGCGGCUGAGGAUGACCUGGAACAGCUCUUUAGUUGAGUCAGAAAAGAUCAACGUGGAGCUGUGGGGUUACAGAGAGGUCAACAGGAGUACAGCCGGCUCGUCCGCGCUGCAGGCGGAGAUAAGAUACCUGUACUCUCUUGGAAGGCAUGUUCCCAACACGGGGGACUUCAGCUUCAUUCCUGAACCCAAAGAAGAGUUUUCCGGGUGGGAGUUGGGGAAUAUUCGAAUCACCGCAAGCUCUGAAUCGGAGGGACAAAGGAACGUACGGGCCCUGUGGAGUGGAGGCCAUGUUUUGGCCUGGCACCUGGAGCAGUCCUUCAGAGACGAUUCGUCAGCUUGGGCAGAGAAUAAAUGUCUGCAGUGGGACGAUCUGGAGAGGAGGCUGCCUAACUUCCUGGACGAGCUCGCCCCCUGUCCUUGCACGCUGGCUCAGGCUCGAGCUGACACAGGAAGAUUUCACACUGAUUACAGCUGCAACAUUGAGACAGGCAGCGUGUGCACUUAUCACCCUGGUUGCGUCCACUGCGUCAGAGCUGUCCAGGCCAGCUCAAGCCAUGGAUCAGGGCAGCAGUGUUGCUACGACCACAUGGAUGCUCUGGUCCUGACGGGGGACUCGGUUGGUGGCAGCACCCCGGACCGCGCCCACGACUGGGGCUCGCCGCCGUACAGGGAGCCCCCUCGGGUUCCUGGGUACUCCCACUGGCUUUAUGAUGUGAUGAGCUUCUGCUACUGCUGCCUGUGGAGCGACCUCUGCCACAUCUACCUAAAACAUCGACCUUCCAGUGGAUGUCGCGGAUACCAGCCACCGAGAGCAGGUGUUGUCUUCGGGGAUCUGCAUUUCAUAACGUUUGACGGCCUCAGCUACACUUUCUGCGGCAGAGGAGAAUAUUACCUGGUGUUUUCAGCAGACGAGGGGCUGAGCGUUCAGGCCAGAACAGAACAGCUGAAGCUUAAGAAUGGCACCUUGGUCGACGCCACCAGGCUGUCCUCAGUGGUCAUGAAGGAGAUCUCCUCUGAUGUCAUCGAGGUACGAAGUGCAGGCGACCGUCUUCAGGUGCUGAGGAACCAGAAGAUCCUGCCUUUUACUGAACAAAGGUGGAUGGAUCUGCAAGGUGUUUUUGUAUUUGCUCCCUGUCCUCAGAACGUGACAGUGAUGUUUUCCUCUGGUGCUGCUGUGGAGCUCCGCCUGCACGAAGGGACCAUGAAGGCCACCGUCCUGCUUCCAGCAGAGUUUUCCAACCGAACCCGAGGUCUGCUUGGCCGGAUGAACUCUGACCCGUCAGACGACUUGACGACCCAGUCUGGAAAGGUCAUAUCCUCCACUAACGCCACGCCGGAGGACGUCUUUACCUUUGGAGCUGGAUGGAACAUAUCAAAGACGUCUUCCCUUUUCACCUAUGACUCCCACUACCUUUUGGAUUCAUACUUUUUUCCAUCAAGCCACGACGCUGCUUUUGUUCCGGCCUUUUCUCUCCCUGUGAAACACGAUGACCCCUUGGUAGCAGACAUGUUGUCGAUGUGUUUGGGAGAAGGGGCGCAGUUCUGUAUACAUGAUACCCUUAUCUCUCGGAGCCUGGCGGUGGGAAACGCCACACUCAAGGCCCAUCAACAUCAUCAGGCUUUAAUAGAGGCCCUGCAGCCAGUGGUGUCAUGUGGCUGGCUUCCCACACCCAGGAAUGGGAAGAAAAAUGGGACACAUUACCUGCAGGGAAAAACCCUGGGCUUCACCUGCAAUGAAGGCUAUGUACUGUACAGGUCAACAGAGCGCACCUGUCUGGAGGAGGGGACGUGGACUGGAGAGCAACCUUACUGUAUUACAGAUGAUAAAGUGGGGUUUAUUCUGGGGGCUUUCGGGUCCCUCUCUGCGUUGGUCACCUUGGGAAUAACCAUAAAACUGCACAACAGAAAAAAAGACAGAGAGAGAAAGGAGGAACCUCUGGAGAUGGUGACCCAAGCUCAGACUUGAUAAACCUUCAAAGCCCUCUUGGAUUAUGGAAGUUCGGUCUAAGAAAUUUGAUUUGAACAGAGCAUUUGGAAACAACAUGAACCUGAUUUUCUCAUUUGGAUGUUUUUCCUUUUUUUCUUCUUCUUUUGACCCAUUGAUGUUAUCAGAAAAGCCUCAGGCAUUAGGUUUCAGGCAUGCUGCUUCGCCUCAUGUUUUCUCCCUUGUUUAGUCUGGAGAAGCUCCAGGUUGUGGCAAAUUGUGCGUGGUGCGACGACUGAGGCGACUGAAGUGAGGGGAAAAACAACAAGAGAAAAAAACUUUCAUAUCACAGAUUUGCAUGAGCAAGUGGCUGAUUUUGACUAAAAGGAAAAGUUGUAUAAAUACCACACAAAGAUAUCAUCUUCACCAUCACCACUCCUUUCUCCCUGCUGGUUUAAAACGGGACCAGAUGUGUUCGCGCUCAUGUCGACUGUGAAGCGAACCCGAUCGUUUUUCGGUCGAACAACUUUGAACUCGUACACAGGGCUUGUGUGGCCUCGUAUGCUUCAGUCAAACCAAGGGUUUUGCUGAGUGACUGAGGCGGAGAUAA